AUGGUAGAGUUUUUAAUCGGACACAAACCAGAACAAUGCGUGGAUGCUAAUGGCCGCCUAUUACCACCUCACAGCAAGCGAUCGAAAGAUGACCUGUUCAUCCUUAGCGCUGCUAUCAUAGGGCAAAAAUUUGAAACAGCUUUAUUGUUGCUAGAACUGGGUAAAUCGCUCGCCAGCUUGAAGGACAAAAAUCAAAUAUCUACUCUUCAACUUCUAGCAGAAAUGCCAGCUGCUUUUGAGAGUGAAUUUCCCGUGGGCAUAUUUGAAAGACUCAUCUACUGUUGCCUUCCUGUUAAACGUCACCACGAGGUAAAAUCACAGGUACAAACUUGGUGCCUGGAAAAUAAGAAAGAUCUUGAGAGCGGUCGGGGGAGGAACUCAGGAGAUCCGGGGAGUGUCUCGAAGAGGAAUCAAAGAGGCGGCAUACUCAAAUAUUUAAAGGUCCCUGAAGGAUGUUGGCUAGAAAGAAUCUGGAACCGGAAAAGAAAGCAUGUAUUUGCUUUGGAAUUCGCCGAAAGCCUAAUAAAGGAAGAUAAUUCUUUUAAACGAGUCACCACAGCAGAGGAAGACCAAAAUGAAAAAGAAGAAGAGCAAGAAAUGUGUGCGCAAACUUCUCAAAACACUAGGAAAGCAAUCAUUACGGAUUGCCAACUAUACAACUACCUAUGA